GUGCCACCUUAAGAUAACAAUGAUGUCUUUGUUGACUAUUAUGUUCGACAUUUUUGUGUAUUUAGAUGGAAGUUUCAUCUUCUUCUACUUUAAUUACAUAACUUGUUCAAUUUUGCUCCCUCUUUCCGAGUCCUUUCUCUGUAAAUGAGUUUGAUUUCGAUCGAAGUUUUAAGUGAAAGUGGGCUGUAGAGCUUAAUGCCUAUGGAACGAGUCCAGCCCAUAUCGGACCCAAGAUCCUCCUCAACGGUCCUCUCCAUCGAGUGCCUCAAAGGCAGCUCCAAAGCCGACGAGUGGACCGGCGAUUUCCUCCAAACCGGCGACAUAGUCGAGGAGCUCCGCAUCGGUAACCCCGGCUCCCGCAGAGUCGGCAGCUCCGGUUCGACCCUCAUAUUCACGGCGCCGUUCAAGAACGGCAGGAGCGGCGUCCAGAAGGUUCUCCACGACGCGUUCAAGAAGAAGGAGACCUCGAUUCUCGUCCGGGUUCGCAGGGGAGCGGAUGAGCUCGCCGAGUUGCAGGCUUGCAUCGUGCCCAAUGAAUCGGCCGGGAAGAAACAGUACAUGCUCAGGUCGAUUGCUGAUCCGAAUUACACCGUUGGGUUCUUGGAUCGAACGGAGUCUGAUUGCCUCGAGCUUCAAGCUUCAAGGAGUGCCAGGAUGGUAACUGCACUAUCCAGCAGUCGCCUUCAAGAUGGAUAUGUUGCAUAUCCGUGGGAGAGGAGGAUGCAGGAGUGCCUAUCAGUUCCAUUUUCAAGCUGCUUUCUUUCUGUACUUCUCCUUCCAAAAGCUUCAGAUCAAGUUGCUUCUCGCUACAAUGAUUUGGAAGAUACCCUUGCUAGGGCAAAUGCAUGGCUUAAUGCAUCUCAGGCCAAUGGGGUUCCUAUUGUCUUCAUGAACAUUCAGACUGAGUCUCUGCUUACCAAGAUCUCUGGAGAAACAGCUUCUUCCACAGUGAAUGCUGGAUCCUUAUCUGAUUUGUCUAAUCUUGCAAAUGCAAGUCUAUAUGGUUUUGAGGAUUACCAUGGGGUUGACAUUGGUGUAGUUAAAGCAGUUCGUCUCUGGUAUGCACCUCUUGGAGGAGAGUUUGCAAUUGAGAUCAAGCUAAAAGAAGGCGACACAAAGCUUGGGUUUGCCAUUAGCCGCACAGAAGAGGGAUUUAUCUUCAUCUCAUCGGUUAUUGAUGGUGAUGAAAAUGCUCCUUCAACCCGGUCAGGGCUGGCUAAUUUGUACAAAGAAGCUACAAAUGCAUCUAAGCUGCUGGUGGUCUCAAGAGUUGGCAAUCAGAAGGUCCUUCCAUGGAUGGUUUCUUCCACAGGAGCAAUUCGAUGCUUUGACACUGUUUCAGUCAGCCAAAAGCUUUCAUUGCACCGGCACGCCAAGGUUCCCAUUCUCUUGCAUGUUUUACUGUGGGACCGAGCAUUGUCUAUUCCAAGUGGGGGCAAUAGAUUUAGGGCUCCAACACCGGUUGCCCUACCCUUACCACCUGAAGUUCAGUUAGCAUCCCGUCCAAAUGAUAAUCAAAUACAGCCAUUGACACCUGAAGUUCCUACUGGGAGUCGAGAAGUUAGUGAUGUAGCUGAGGUGAGGCUUGAGCGAGACACGGCUGGGGAGCUCUCCUUUAGAUUCCAUGAAUUUUCACUUUCAAGUAAUUGGUGGCUGCAGUCUUAAAAGCAUGCAGAUAUUGAAUUGUAGCCUGUUCAUCCUGUGGAAGAUUGGAACUUGUUUCUUACUGGUGGGAUUGGCAGAGUUCAUGAAGUUAUGCGAUUUAAGCUGCUGUUUUGCUGCUUGUUCCAUUUGUAAGAUUUCAAAACUGCAAUGAAUUGGGAGCUUGAAAUGUCAGCUGCUCAGAUAUGGUAUUACUAUACUAUAUUUAUUUACAACGCACAUAACUGGACUUCAUUUGUACAUAUUGGAAUCGGGAAUUUAAAUUUAACAUAACACAAUAGAUUUCAAAUA